AACGCUCCUGCUAUAAUGUAUAUAAAGGUUGAGAAGCCGACGGGUAUUCGAGGCAGAUCAUCAUCAGACAUGUUCGGGAAGAUCAUCCUAACGUUCUCGGUCCUGGCCUGGGCCAGCGCCCAGAUUCCUAGUCUGGGCUUCUGUCCAGAGUACAUACCCAUGGCGAACUUCGAUAUGCAAAGGUUCCUUGGCGUUUGGUACGAGUCCGAAAGAUACUUUCAAUUAACCGAAGUGGUAUCUCGAUGCGUUAUGACAAAUUAUACCAAAGGUCUCGACGGCAGGUAUCACGUGAGCAAUGAAGUCACGAAUCGUUUUACCGGUGUAAAGAGAAUACUGGAAGGCGAAAUUAAGCCCGCAGCUUCCAAGGCUGAAGAGGGUAAACUUCAGGUUAAAUAUACCACAAUUCCAUUAACACCUGAGACUAAAUAUUCGGUACUCGAAACGGAUUACGAUUCAUAUGCCGUCUUAUGGAGUUGUCAAGGUAUUGGUCCUGUUCAUGCACAAAGUGCUUGGGUAAUGACGAGGGAUCGAAUACCGCCCGGAGAAGUACUUCAAAAGGCUUACGGCGUUCUUGAUAAAUACAAGAUAUCGAAGACAUUCUUUGUCAAGACCGAUCAGGCGGAUUGCGCCUAUUUGGAUUCCCGCAUACCAGAAGAAUCUAAUCCCACCACGGCAAAACCGGCAAGGCAGAAUUCACAAACGGUCGAAUCGAACGCUAAAUCGGCCAUCGCUCUGAAUGACGCCGAAGCGAGGGAAGAAGCGAAAGCCGAGAAAGCGUCCCUCGACAGUCCCAAGAUAAUAACGGAGGAAUCCGCGAAGCUCGAGCAUUCCGUGGAGACCGUUCCCGAGCGGAUUCUCAAGGUAGCCGAAACUAUAAAAGAGGAGAGCGACGUCAAUGCUAAAACGAUCAUUGUCGAAGUUAAGGAAGAGCUCGCCGCGGAAAUUGCGAAGGAGGAAAACAGCGAACAUUCAAAUGAGACGGAGAAAAAGACUGCGUAGAAGUAUCUAAAGAGAUCUAUUAGUUGGAGCUUAGCAAGGGCAUAUUUACGGGGAUUAAUUCAAUGGUCUUAGGCUCGUAGCGGUUUCCUCGUUGGGAACCAGUCUCGCUUAAGUACAACAAAAUCAUUAAUCAUUGUCCCGUAGGCGCGUCGUCGUCGCCUGAGGACAUGGGGUUGGCACGGCGCUUUGUUUUUAUAGGCUUACGUACAAUGUAAAAUAAAAAAAAAAAAAUGAAACUAAUAAAAAAGAAUAAAGAUUGUUAUAAAAAACGUUUUAAUAAAA